AUGUGGUGCCCCCAGGAGGCGGCGCUGGACGGCGCGGCGGCGGCGGCGGAGGAGCUGCUGGACUUCCUCCUGCUGACGGGCGACGCUCCGGCCCUCGACCGCCUGGAGAAGGGCGGCGGCGGCGGCGGCGGCGGCGGCGGCGGCGGCGGCCUGUGGGCGGACUGGAGCCCGCUGGCGGCGGAGGCCUUGGGGGAGGAGGAGGGGGCGGCGGCGGCGGCGGCGCUGGAGGACUGGCUGGGCUCCCUGCUGAGCCCCUCGGCGGCCGAGGACGACCCCCCUUCGGCGGAGCAGGCGGCGGCGGAGGAGGGGUCCUGCGGCAGCCCCGGCAGCGGAGGGGGGCCCCUCCCGCGCAGCCCCCCGGCCUCGGCGGAGAGCGUCCAGUCGGAGCACAACUACUCGCUGCACCUGCAGCCCCCGGGGGCCGAGAGCGCCCCCUCCUCCGACAGCGAUGUCGCCAUUGACCUGGACGUGUGGGGGGAGGCGGAGUCCAGCGGCAGCCCCGGGGGCUGUGACUUCCCUGUUUCCGUGUCUGUUGAGGAGCCCUGCUGGGGGAUGGAGCUGCAGUUUGGUUUCCCUGAGCUGAUCCUGACCGAUGAGGAGAAAAGACUUUUGGAGAAAGAGGGGGUUUCGAUCCCAUCCAACCUCCCCCUCACCAAGGCUGAGGAGCGGGCCCUGAAGAGAGUCCGCCGGAAGAUCCGCAACAAGCAGUCGGCUCAAGACAGUCACCGAAGGAAGAAGGUCUACGUGGACAGUCUGGAGAGCAGGGUCAUUGUCUGCACAGCCCAGAACAACGAGCUCCAGAAACAAGUGCAGUUGCUGCAGAAACAGAACAUGUCGUUGCUGGCUCAGCUCCAGAAGCUGCAAGCCCUGGUCCGGCAGUCAUCCACCAAGACCACCACAGCCAGCACUUGCGUCAUGGUCUUGCUCUUGUCCUUCUGCUUCAUCCUCUUGCCCAGCCUGCAUCCCUUUGGAAGCCGGGAACGGCAGCUGGAGCUCCAAGGAGUGUUAUCCCGGAGGCUACGUGGGUAUCCAAGCGACGGAGGGCAGCUGCAGACCGAAGCGCCCCAGGUGGCAGCAGCCACCACAGUCCACCAUCUUUCUGCUGGCCCUCUGCUGCAUCCUGAGGAGGAGACGCUGCCCAGAGAUGCUCUGCAAGCCCCGGGGAGCCUCAAUCAGUCUCUGGAGGGCAGCCGGCGCCCCCCUGAGGCGCAACCAGCUGCAACAGCCAACAGCAGUUCCUCCGACGACCGCUUUUCCCAGCCUGCAGGCCUCCCAGCUCCACUCUCGGGGGAGCGCACGGCUUUCCUGCCUGCCUCUGUCGAGCAGAAACAAAGCUGGGUGGACCAGACCACAAGCGUCAUCAUCCAGCCACACCACUCGGAUGAGAUGUGA